AUGGGAAAAGUUUUCGGCAUUUUCGCGUGUCUACUGAUCGUGGCGAUGGACGUAAUGGCCGGGAUUCUCGGGAUAAAAGCCGAGGCAGCCCAAAACCAGCAAAAGCAUUUGAGGCUAUGGAUAUUCGAGUGUAAAGAACCGAGCCACGACGCUUUUCUAUUAGCCAUAGCUGCUGCAGCACUUCUUGGAUUAGCUCAUAUUCUCGCCAAUAUGCUCGGAGGAUGCAAUGCUUGCGUUCAAUCGGACCUCGGAAAAGCUUCUCCGAGCAAACAACUAUCGAUAGUCUGUCUUGUUUUAACUUGGAUUGUCAUGGCCGGUGGAUUAGCGAUGCUGGGUAUCGGCAUAUUAUCGAACCGAAAAUCUCGAGCCUCGUGUGGCUUUACACACCAUCAUUUCUUGUCAAUAGGUGGAAUAACGUGCAUGGUUCAUUCUCUAUUCGCCGUUGCUUAUUAUGUUACUGCUACAGCUACAAGUUCUUAA